GUUGUUUAUACAAUAAGGUGAACACAAGGCAAUGGCUUCGAGCUACUACUCUGCUCAGAUAAAGCAAUGCCUUGAGCAUGGAGGUAGAAACCAGAGCCGCCAUCUGAAGACGAUCCACGCCCACAUCAUCAAAUCUCUUCCCUCACCAGAGACAAUCCUACACAACAAAAUCAUCCACGGGUAUGCGAAAAUCAGAAACUCCAUUUACGCUCGCCGAGUGUUCGACGAAAUUCCCCAGCCAAACAUCUACUCCUGGAACAGUCUCCUCAUGGCACACUCGCAAUCCGGGCACCUCUCGGAGAUGGAACGCACCUUCAAGAAGCUUCCUUUCCGCGCCGACGGCGUCUCCUGGAACUUGCUUAUCUCCGGGUACUCCUUGAGUGGUCUGCUGGGUGAGGCCGUCAGGGCUUACAACACGAUGAUGAAAGAAGGUUCUGCUAACUUGACAAGAGUUACUUUGAUGACAAUGCUGAAACUUUGUUCGGACAAUGGGUGUGUUAGUUUGGGGAAGCAAGUUCACGGGCAGGUUAGGAAGCGUGGGUUUGAGUCUUAUCUUUUAGUUGGGAGCGCGUUGAUGGAUAUGUAUGCGAAAGUUGGUUUCAUCACCGACGCAAAGAAGGUUUUCUACGGUUUAGAGGAUAGGAACACGGUUAUGUACAACUCACUGAUGGGAGGACUUCUAGCGAGUGGGAUGGUCAAAGACGCGCAGGAGCUGUUUCAAGAAAUGGAGAAAGAUUCGGUUUCUUGGACGGCUAUGAUCAAAGGGCUUGCUCAGAAUGGACUGGAGAAGGAGGCUAUUGAGUUUUUCGGAGAGAUGAAAGUGGAAGGCUUGAGGAUGGAUCAGUUUACGUUUGGAAGUGUGCUACCUGCUUGUGGAGGACUAGGAGCAAUAAAGGAAGGGAGGAAGAUCCAUGCUUGUAUUAUCAGGACCAAUUUUCAGGAUAACGUAUACGUGGGUAGUGCUCUCAUUGACAUGUAUUGCAAGUGUAGGUGUAUAGACUACGCAAAGACUGUUUUUGAUGGGAUGAAGCAGAAGAAUGUUGUGUCUUGGACAGCUAUGGUUGUGGGUUAUGGCCAGGCCGGUCGUGCUGAAGAAGCUGUUAAAAUGCUCCUUGAGAUGGAAAGAAGUGGGGUUCAGCCAGAUCAUUAUACGCUGGGACAAGCGAUCAGUGCGUGUGCCAACAUAGCUAGCUUAGAAGAAGGCUCCCAGUUUCAUGGGAAGACUAUAGUUUCUGGCCUUAUAGAUUAUGUCACCGUCUCAAACUCACUGGUGACUCUGUAUGGUAAAUGUGGAAAUAUUGAUGAUUCGGCUAGGCUGUUCAACGAGAUGAGUUUCAGGGAUGAAGUGUCUUGGACUGCAAUGGUUUCCGCGUAUGCCCAAUUUGGAAGAGCCAACGAGGCUAUUGAUCUGUUUGACAGAAUGGUACAAGAAGGACUAAAACCUGAUGGAGUGACUUUGACCGGUGUUAUCUCAGCUUGCAGUAGGGCAGGAUUAGUAGAGAAAGGACAGAGAUAUUUUGAGUUAAUGACGAAUGAAUAUGGAAUAGUACCGAGCAAUGGCCAUUAUUCUUGCACGAUUGAUCUCUUUAGUCGAUCUGGAAGGUUAGAGGAAGCAAUGAGUUUCAUUAAUGGGAUGCCUUUUCCUCCGGAUGCAGUUGGUUGGACCACUUUACUCAGCGCGUGUAGAAACAAAGGUAACUUGGAAAUAGGCAAAUGGGCGGCUGAAUCACUCAUAGAGCUAGAUCCUCAUCAUCCUGCUGGCUACACCUUGUUAUCAAGCAUAUAUGCUUCUAAAGAAAGAUGGGAUUGUGUGGCGCAGUUAAGGAGGGAGAUGCGAGAGAAGAAAGUGAGAAAAGAACCUGGACAGAGCUGGAUCAAAUGGAAAGGGAAGUUGCACAGCUUCUCAGCUGAUGACGAGUCAAGUCAAUACCUAGAUCAGAUAUAUGCUAAGCUCGAGGAACUGAACCAAAUGAUCUUAGAUGAUGGUUAUAAACCGGAUACUAGUUUUGUUCAGCAUGAUGUUGAGGAAGCAGUAAAAAUAAAGAUGCUCAACUAUCACAGUGAAAGACUCGCCAUUGCUUUUGGAUUAAUAUUUGUACCCUCAGGGUUACCUAUCAGAGUAGGGAAGAAUCUAAGAGUGUGUGUGGAUUGCCACACUGCAACCAAACAUAUCUCCAGCGUCACUGGUAGAGAGAUAAUAGUUAGAGAUGCUGUUAGGUUCCACCGUUUUAAAGAUGGAACUUGCUCAUGCGGAGACUUCUGGUAGGGGUUUUCGUCUUUGAAUUUUCUGACACAGAGAGCCAACGUGAUGCUUCAGUUGACUGCAUUGAGCUCCAAUUGGGUGAAUUGGUCAAAUAUAUUACAACAAGGCGGAUCCAGAUAAUUUAUUAGUGAAGUUAUAGAGUUGCAUUUGGACUUAGAAUAGAAUGAUAAACCACUGUUUCAUGUCUUUGGUCAAAGAAGGGUAAAGAAAAGGAAAUUGCUACCAUCUAACUGUACUGCAAGAGUUCAAGCUCUUCAACAUAUGCAGAAUUUUUCAGAUGAUCCUAUCAAGCUGGCUCAAUUCUGUUUUCAAGUAAACAUUUUAGUAACGCCUCGGAUCUAGAUGGAAGUGUUUACUUUAAAAGGUGGAUGAGAUCUCCGCCCUUGGGGUUCAAGUGCAUCUAUUACCGUUUGUAAGUUAAAAGAGUCUGCAACUCACGGAAAGCAUGCAACUCAAAGAGAGGUGAUUGAUGUAAUUUACUAAUACUUGCAUGUACUAGUAGAGACACACAAGUUGCUCAAGAAGUGAAAUGACAAAAAUCAAAUGUUGUAAAACAUGAUUCUCUGGUUUGUAAAUGUAUAUGAU